AUGACUGUCACGCAAAACACCAAUUCAAAGCAUCCACCUUUCAAAGAGGUCGAGGCUACAAGACCAGAUCACGAACUAAAGCCAUGGCAAAUCACCAAGACGAAUGCUCCAGAAUGGAAGCAAGGUCUGGGAGCUUCUUCAAAAGAAUGGAGCGAGCACAAAAAGAUUGCCAUUGAUCCAAACUCCGAGACAAGAUCGCCUGUGGACAACUACAAAUUGUUUAUUUCCGCUAUUACACCACGUCCAAUUGGAUUUAUCUCGACCGAAGGUAAAGAAGGAGGGCGUAACCUCGCUCCCUUCUCCUACUUCAAUGUGAUGAACAGCGACCCUCCCAUCUUUGCCUUGGGUUUUAGCGGAGGUAAGGUGAAGCCUAAAGAUACCCUCAAGAAUAUUCUUGAAACAGAGGAGCUCACUAUCAACAUCAUCAGCGAGUGGUUUAUUGAGGCUGCCAAUUUCUGUGCGGUUAACUCGCCCUAUGGUGUUGAUGAGUGGAAGCUCAGUGGCUUGACACCAGCAGAGAGUACAGAGGUGAAACCACCGCAUGUGGCAGAGAGUGCUUUCAGUGUGGAGGCCAAACUUGUACACAGUCACGAAUGGAAGCUGAAGAGAAACGGCUUGGCUACGGGGGUGAUGUGUAUUGUUGAGGGUGUGAAGAUUCAUGUGCGUGAGGAUUUGCUCAACGAGGACCAGAAUACUGUAGACACAGGCAAGUUGCAACCGGUUGCGAGACUCGGCGGCAUAACGUACGGCCGUGUCACCGAGGGCUUUGAAUUACCACGUCCAGAUUAUAGCGCGAUCGAAAAGAAGCCUUGA